AUUCGGGAGCGCAGCGUCCUUAAACAGAGCAGAGGCGGCAAACAGCGGGCGCAGGGAUACUGGUGACUUGCCUAGAUUGGCAGUUUACUUAAGUUUAUCAAGCUCCUUGGGGUUCUUGUAUGCAAAACACUGUACGGAGGUGCUAAAAGUACUUCUUGCACUGCUUGCUUUCUUUCUAGAAUGGCAGCAGCAACCUGUGUGUAAUGCUUGUGUUUUUUCACUAGACAAUGAAUGACUGGGCCCCCAUAGCAAAAGAGUAUGACCCCCUCAAAGCCGGCAGCAUUGAUGGCACAGAUGAAGAGCCCCACGACCGUGCCAUAUGGAGGGCUAUGUUGGCACGGUAUGUACCCAACAAGGGAGUUACAGGAGAUCCUCACCUCACUCUGUUUGUAGCAAGGCUCAAUCUUCAAACAACAGAAGAGAAGUUGAAGGAGGUUUUUUCCCGGUAUGGAGACAUCAGAAAGAUCCGACUGGUUAGAGACUUGGUUACAGGAUUUUCCAAGGGUUAUGCGUUUAUCGAGUACAAAGAGGAACGUGCUCUGUUGAAGGCCCACAGGGAUGCCAACAGGCUGGUUAUUGACCAGCAUGAGAUCUUUGUGGACUUUGAAUUGGAAAGAACUCUCAAAGGGUGGAUUCCUCGCAGGCUUGGAGGUGGUUUUGGAGGCAAAAAAGAAUCUGGGCAGCUACGAUUUGGGGGACGGGACAGACCUUUUCGAAAGCCCAUCAAUUUGCCAACCAUGAAAAAUGAUUUCUAUGGAGAGGGAUCAACAGAGAAAAGAAACUGGUCUCGUGAAGGAACGAGGGACUGGAGAACAAGGGAUCGAGACUAUGAAAGGAACAGAGACAAGAGAUGGCCGGAAAGGGAGCGGUCCUGGGCUUGGGGUGAAAGUGAGAGAGAGAGGGACUCCAAGGAGGACAGGAGCAGAGGAAGAGAGAGGAAGGACAGAGACAGGAAAGACAGGGACAGAGACCGAGACACCAAGAAACAAAGAGAUGAUGAUAAGCAUCGAUAGGUGCCUAUCCCUUGUCUGUAAUUAUAGGAAGCUUGGGUAUGGUUAUCUACUGCCAUCUUUCUCUCAAAAUAGCAUGAACUGAGUCCUGCUGCUCCAACUACUGGCACGUUUUGGUCCAGGUUGGGACCUACCUCUGCUGUCAUGGUAAAUGAGCUGGUAUGGAGGAGGUGGGAUGCAGCAGGCAUCCAGGUCUCUGGAUAAAGCUGGUGUACGUCCUUCUGGAGGUCACGGAUGGGUUUAAGUUGCAGAUGUUAUCUUCAGCUUAGGGCUGUGACCUGCAUUCACUGAGCAAGCAACUGCAAUGUUACUGUCCUGUGCCUGCAACUAUAACCUGCUAUAAGCUCUUUGUCGUUCUGUUUCUAAUACAGUUAAGAUACUUGUUGUUGAGUUUUUCUUUGGCGAAAUUAAACAUUUCUGUUAAUAUUCUGAACCAGUGAAUGCUAUGAGAAAUGCACAGCAUGUACUGGCAUGCCUGGCAUGGCAGUGAAAUUGAGUACACACCUCAUUUGACACCUGUCUGGCUGCUUGGAGUAGGGUUCUUGAGAGGGUCCAUCCUUAAUUAUUUAUGUGCCAGAUGUCCACACUCGUUUUGCAAGACAAAUGCCCUUUAUGAAGGCACUUGUCGAAGAAAUAGCAAUGAAAUAACAAGGAAUAGCAGCAAACUAAGUUUAAGCUUCCUAAAAGCGUGGUCCCUGACAAAAGCUGAUGGGAAGUGACUUAUGUUCUUGAAGACACUGGGACAGGUGAGAUCCUUAGUAUUACUAUAUCCUUGACUAGUUCUGUGAGGUGUGAGAGGGAAGCAUGUAGUAAGAAAGGUAUUUUUAUAUCUCACAGGAGAGUACCAUUCCCUGUAGAAUGCACACUACAGAGUAGUAACAGGUCAGAAAACUGCUAAUUUCGUGAUCAAUAGAUGCUGUAACAGUGGACAAUCACCAAAGGAAAGUAUUUGAGUGUCUCUGCCUAUCCCUUUGUUUUUAAACCCCUGCAGUAAUUAACGCCCCUGCGGUGACUCCAGAAGAUUUCCGAACACAUUUUAAACUGUAUUUUUGUCAGCCUUUGAAUGGCAUUCCCUACUAUUCACACUCUAGUCUAAUUCUCUCUGUGGUUCUUGCAUCUCUUAGUUUAAUUUACACUAGGAACUGAACAGAAAUAAGUGCUCUGGGCUGGCCUAGUUUAUAUUUAGCUGCUUGCAGCAGUGAGGGACCUUUGCUCUACCGAAGGACUACUGUGGUGCAGGGAAUUCAGUCUUGUCCCUUUUUUUGUUGUUGUUUUUCCCUGGAAAGACUGUUUCGGCCUAGAGAAUGACACAGGAGUGUCAGUCUGCUGCUCUCUGCUGUUUAAGGAUUUCUUUGUGUGGUGAAAGCCUACAGGAAGAUGAAGGUGCCUUUUCCACUGUAGGGACUGAGCUGUGUAAUUCAUGCCCUUCAUAAAUGGUUAUAUACAACAACAGAAGUGACUCGUGCAUCUUCUUUUAGGCAGAAAUUACUUGGCUCUUUUGCUUUUUAUAUGGACUUCUAUCCUAAACAUUGCCCAGUUUGAGGCCUUAUUUCCAUGAAGAGUUGUGUGAGGCAAUGGGGGAAAGACAGACCCCUAAGUUGCAUCCCCAACAGUAGACAGCACUGGGAGGCCUUCCACAAAGGACGCAAGUCUCCUAGAAAUAUUUGUUUUCCAGAAAUAUUUAUUAAACUGUUAAAAUGAUUUACUGCCCAACCGAAAAAAAAACCAAAAAAAAAAACUUAAAUGAACCUGCACUUUGCAUGCAGGAUUGUUAUGCCCUUUACCUGACAACCUCCUGGCCCCUUUUUUAAAAGCAGGUUUUACUUGAAUAUUGAGAAACUACAUGACUGAUCUUCAGCUCUUUACAUACUCUUUCCUAUGUGGCAUCCUUUCUGAUGGCCACUUGGCGUGUAUAAACUCAGCAUUCUUUUUAAAAAAAAAAAAAA